AUGAGCGCCACGGCCAUCCACGCCUCCGCCGUCCUGCGCCGCCGCGCCAUCGCCGACGACCUCGGCCUCGACGCCCACCACGACGCCUACUGGGCCGCCGCGCCCCGCCUCUACGACUUCUCCAAGCACCACCUCUUCAACCACCACCACCACCACCACGACGACCACGACGACAAACUCGACCUCAAGCCGGAGCACGACGACCUCGACCCCAAGCCGGAGCACGACCAGGACCUCCCCAAGCCGGAGCAGAAGCGCGACCUCGCCAAGAAGGAGCACCAGCGCGACCCGGCGCCGCGCCCGGAUCCGCUCCCACCCGCGCCGUCCCCGCGAGCGCCUUCGCCUGCGCCGCCGCCGAGGAAGCCCACGAGCGCGCACCUCUGCCUGCUCGCGCUGCAGGGCACCGGCCUCGGCUGGGGCGUGCGGAAGCGGGUCCGCUACGUCACCCGCCACCGCGCCGCGCGCCACGACGACCGCCGCGCACGCCUUUCGCCCGCCGUCGUCGCCGAGAACCCGCACGAUCGCCGUCCCGCGCCCGCCACUGCCGUCCACGAGAGCGCGGACGCGGACGAGGGCAGCUCCAGCAACGUCAAGACCAAGGACCUGCUCGGGCUGCUCGGGGAGACGCGGCGGAGGGUCCGGAAGCCCGCUCCCGCUCCAAAGCUCGAGGUUUUCGAGGACGCCGACGCGGGGCCGGAAGCAGAGAGCGACCGCAAGGUGGCGGCCAGGGCGGACAAGGCCAAGAGGAAGAGGAAGGACGUUCGUCGCCGUGGCCGUGGCGUCGCCAAGCGCGCCAAGAAGGCGGCCCCGCCGGUGCCGGAGGUGGAGCGCAAGGUGGUCAAGGCGGAGAAGAAGAGGUGCCCGCCGGAGGAGGAGGAGGAGGAACGCAAGGUGGUCAAGAAGGAGAAGAAGACGAACCUGCCAGAGCAGAAGAAGGACGAGCGCACGGCGGUCAAGGCGGAGCGGAAGAGGGGCCCGCCGGAGGAGGAGCGCACGGCGGUGGUGCUGGUGGCCGUCAAGAGGGAGAGGAAGAGCAAGGCUCCUCUCCGCGGCCGCGCCGUCACCGUCACGGAGGAGCCGGAGACGAAGCCCCCACGCGCCGGCGUCAAGGCCGAGGAGGCCGCCGCCGCCGCAGCCGCCUUGGCCGCGGCGCCGCGCGGCAUGGUCGACCGGUGGACGGCCACGCGCUACGCGGCCGCCGAGGCGUCGCUGCUCGGCGUCCUGCGCCGCUUCGGCGCGCGCCCCGGCAAGACCGUCCCCCGCGGCGAGCUGCGGCAGGCGGCGCGCAAGCACGUCGGCGACACGGGCCUCCUCGACCACCUCCUCAAGCACACCGCCGACAAGGUGCCGCGCGGCAGCGCCGAGCGCAUCCGCCGCCGCCACACCGCCGACGGCACCAUGGAGUACUGGCUCGAGCCGGCCGAGCUCGCGGCCCUGCGCCGGGAGGUCGGCGUCGACCCGUACUGGGUGCCGCCGCCAGGGUGGAAGCGCGGGGACCCCGUCUCCGCCGACGGCUACGCGCUCAAGGCAAAGAAGCAGGUGGAGGAGCUCACCAAGGAGCUCGCCGGAGUAAAAAGGCACAUGCAGCAGCUGGUGAAGGCACAUCAAGGCACAAUGAACAAUGAAGUGAAGCCUGAGGCACCCAAAGCCUGCAUUUCUCAUGACCCUUAUCAGGACAAGUAUGAGUGUGUGCUGAAGGCCAAUGGCAAUCUGGAAAAGCAAGUUCUGUCCUUGGAGGAGAAGUACGCCGGCGCGACACGGUCGAAUGGCAAGCUGGAGCAGGAGGUUCUGUUCCUCAAGGAGAAGUAUGAGGCUGUGCUUGAGAAGAACAGCAGGCUGGAGCAGCAGGUGGCUGCUCUGUCCACUUCUUUCCUGUCUCUCAAGGAGGGCAUGCAGUUUCUGAAUGAUGGGGAGCAGCAGCAGCAGCAGCAGCAGCUGCGGAUCAUGGGAGCGGAGCCGCGUCUUCUUCUGUGCGCCAGGGAGUGCCGCCAAGCUGACAGGCAGGAACCGAGCAAUGGCGCAGGCGACCAGCUCGCCGACGGCGGGAGGCGCAGGGAGUGGCCGCACGAGGCGCAACCGUCGUCCCCGCGGACCCCGACGGCGGCGAGGGUCGCGUCCGUGGACGACGACGGGUGCGCGAUGGAUGGUGGUUUGGAGCUCCCGCCCACGCCGCCGUCGGCAUCCUCCACCAACGCCGCCUCCUCCGCCAAGCUCCUGCUCCUCCCCGCCCCGGACUCGCCGGUCCAGCCACCCCCGCAGCCGCCGGCCACCAGCAGCAGCAGCGCCAGGGUUGACGUCGGCCUCCAGGAGCCAGCGGAGUCCCGCUCCGGCGGCCUCGACCUGCAGCUCCGGCACACGGCGCAGGACGCGACGGCGUCGCUGCCGUUCCCGUGCGGAGCCGCCGCCGGCCUGCCGGAAGGCGGGAAGACGGCGACGGCCGGCGGCCGCGGCAGAGUGGGCACCGAGCUGGCCCUCGCCACCCCCUCCUACUGACCGACCUUCCAAGUUUUUGCCCCCCAUCGCCAUUGACGAGACAGAUCGUAGCAAGCCACCACCAGUCCACCACUGCACAGGAAACAGGAUAGAAGAAGGAAGAGGAUGAAGAAAGACAAUACUGUGGCAUCGCUUUCGUUGGGAUCUCCAUUGCCAACCUUUAGUUUUCUUCUUGUUUGUUCUCUAGUAUGUUCGUCGUCGCCAUGGAUCAGACUUUGAUUUCGAGACCUCGUCUUUCUGUAUGUUGCUGUUUAAUCUGUUCGUCAUGGACCAGAAAUUGGAGACGGCUUAACUAGUUUUUCUGAUCCUCGAUUAGUCUUGA